GAAAAACCCAUCGGUGUUUGGUUUUUUCAAGGGCAACCAACAGAGCGUUAACAUGUCCAGCAUCAAGCCGCAUGCCAUGCUCGUGUUGCUGGCUGCAGUAGCUGCAGUGGACACAGAAGUAACAUAUCUCUUUCAUCAAUGGAAGGUGUCCACGGCACCACCACGGCUUUCCACGAGGACGCCCCAAACGAUUUUACAGCCGCAAAUUUCAGCACGAAACAACCCAGCCACGAUUCAGGCAACACCCCCAACACCAGAAACUGUGAACGACAAGGAAGAUACAAUGAUCUUUAAUGGAUUGACCACGGCAUACACGCUGCCACCAAAAAAAAAACCUAAGCGAGACGAAGUCGGACCGGAUGAGGAUCGAAUGCUGGAACAAGAUUCAAAUACAGAACCAACGACAGAUUACGUACCUGAAACAAGUAUCUUGCAUGGCAUUGGGACCACUUCAGCAAAACCGACCAUCUCGACGAGCGGAACCACCAAAUUAAUAGAUCUGGUCACACUUGAACCCACGGAGAAUGGCGGCUAUCCGUUUGCGAAGCCGGGAAAACACAAGCAUGGCCUCCGGCAUGUCAAGGCGCACGAUGGCUUCCACAAUCUAAAGCGCGAGCCUCAAUGGGCGCACUGGAACGAUAAAUUUAAAACGACAGAAAAACCUGCCAAAAUCAAUUAGAAUUACAAUUAAAAACAUAUUAAAAACACCCUGUAUACGGCUA